CUCAGUGGACUGUAUGUCCUGUCCUCUCCUCAGACCGUCACGCCUGUCCUCUCCUCAGACCGUCACGCCUGUCCUGUCCUCAGACCGUCACGCCUGUCCUGUCCUCAGACCGUCACGCCUGUCCUGUCCUCAGACCGUCACACCUGUCCUCUCAGUGGACUGUAAGUCCUGUCCUGUCCUCAGACCGUCACACCUGUCCUCUCAGUGGACUGUAAGUCCUGUCCUGUCUUUGGGACACCAGAAGGGUAGAUGGUUAUAGCCUACUCUGCUAUUGAAGCUGAUUUGGAGAGUUACAGAACCAAUAAGGGUUUGACGUCUUCAUCGUCUUCCUCUUCAUCUUCUUCUUCAUCGGUGUGGCUGGAAUACUGUGACAAUGCCCUCCACCAAGAAGGCUCUGCAUUUUUUUGGUAGCGCGCAGGCUACUGCGGUGUCCGUGGCGAUUUUAGGUUAUGGGAUGUCGACAGAAUGGGCCGUUUCCAAAAUGAGUUGCUCUAAAACUGGAAACGAUUUCACCAACGGCUCUGCCAUUGUAUUGUAUGAGCUUUUCAAUGGCUUUAUCACCAGAGGAUCUUGUCCAGUGUUUGGAGGUUAUAAAACAUUCCAAGUGUUUGAGAAGUUGGCAGAGACAGGUGGAGCUCCUCAGAUCCUCCAUGGCAUAGUGAUCACCCUCCUGGCCCUGUGUCUGCUCUGCUCUGCUGGCAGCAUCCUCAUCACUCUGUACAACAGCGUCAGUAACCCCUACCAGACAUACAUGGGACCCAUAGGGCUCUACACAUGCAGCUCUGGCAGUGCGUGCAUCUCCUUCCUGGUGCUCAUCCUGUACGUAGUAAAUGUCCAACUGACCGAAAUGUCUGAACACCUGGUUCAGAACGACGUGGGAAGUGAUGUAGUAUACCUGAAGGACAAGACCUCAGAGUUCCAGGUGGGAUACUACCUGAUGAUCCCCUACAUGGUGCUGAGUCUGCUAGCCAUUCUGCUGGUCUACCUGUAUGAACACGCUGCCUACACACACAGACAGGAGCAGCAGAGGCCCACGGAGGACGCUCCUAAAGAGAUUAUGAUGUACUAAUAUAUGUACACAUCAGGACACAGAUUCAUAUGAUCCUGACUACAACAUCUCCCUAACAGACUGACACAGACUGUGUUGAGUUGUAAAACUCAGUGUCCUGAAAUGGGCUUGUAGGAUCCAGUGCUGAUCCAAGCCCUUAUAACAUAUCUCACAGGCUUACAUAAUUAACUCAGAUCACCUUGUUUCAUUAUUAGUACAUUAUUACCACAUUACUACUACAUUAUCACUUCAUUAUUACUACAUUACACCACAUUAUCACUACAUUACUACUACAUUAUAAGUACAUUAUUACUACACUAUUACCACACCAUUCCUGCAUUAUCAAAACAUUAUUACUACAUUAUUACUACACCAUCGCGGCGUUAUUUCUACAUUAUCACAUCAUUAUCGUCACAUUAUUACUACAUUACACCACGUUAUUACGACAUUAUUACAACAUCACACCACAUUAUCACAACAUUAUCGCAACAUUACACCACGUUAUUACUGCAUUAUUACUACACCGUUACACCACAUUAUCACAGCAUUAUUACAACAUUACACCACAUUAUUACUGCAUUAUCACGGCAUUAUUACCACACUAUUGUAACAUUAUCCCAACAUUAUUACUUCAUUACACCACAUUAUUACGACAUUAUCACAACAAUAUUACUACAUUAUUACGACAUUAUCACAUCAUUGUCGCCAAAUUAUUACUACAUUACACCACAUUAUCGUCACAUUAUCACCACAUCACACCACAUUAUUGCUGCAUUAUCACCACAUCAUCACUACACCAUUACUGCAUUAUUACUACAUUAUCGCAUCAUUAUCACCAUAUUAUUACUACAUUACGACACAUUAUCACAACAUUAUUCCUACAUUAUCACAACAUUAUUCCUACAUUAUUCCUACAUUAUCACAACAUUAUUCCUACAUUAUUCCCUGUUGCUUUCUGUUUAUAUAUUUAUGAAUAGCUGACAUUACAAUCCAAUUUAACUCAAAUGCUUAAAAAUGUACACUGCCUGCUUAAUAAAAUACUAUAAGGUUAAUGGUGUGUUUAGCUAAAAGCAGAAGAAUACAGCAAGUUGAUUACACUGCUAUAUAGUUGUUUUGUUGAAUACUAGAAAACAAUACAUUGGUUUCCUCCAUAAAUACAUCAUAAUAUAUAUUCUCUAAAAUGUCAAUUCUAAUAAUAAACAGUGUGGAUAUUUUGGAUUUCUCGUGAAGGCUUAAAGUGGUAAUCUGCUAUUCUAACAAAUAACAAGCCUCCCAACCCCCAACCUUGAUUUGUUUAAACUGCUGAAGAUGGGGCUACAGGAAUGUCACCCUCUCAAACUCAUGGACAGAGCUUUGUAUACAAGGACUGGCCAUCCAUGAUAUAGCCACCAGCACACCACCCUGCAGGCCACUGCUGGCUUGCUUCUGAAGCUAAGCAGGGUUGGUCCUGGAUGGGCGACCAGAUGCUGCUGGAAGUGGUGUUGGAGGGCCAGUAGGAGGCACCCUUUCCUUUAGUCAAUUAUUUUUUUUCUUCCAAUUCCCCAGGGCUGUUAUUGGGGACAUUGCCCUGUGUAGGGUGCUGUCUUUCGAAUGGGAUGUUAAACAGGUGUCCUGACUCUGUGGUCACUAAAGAUCCCAUGGCACUCACACUAUCCUGGCCACCUAGUCGUCCCCAGCUUACAAUUGGCUCAUUCAUCCCUGUAACUAUUCCCCAGGUCGCUGCUGUAAAUGAAAACGUGCACCCAGUCAACUUACCUGGUGGAAUAAUAUCAAGUUUAUAGUUUUAGAAAUGUUUUAAGUCUAUACAGCGUUAAUUUACAUUUACAUUGUUUACAAACAAAUUGGUGAAACAAGCUGAUAUUGUGAAUGCUGAUGGGAUACGACAGUUGAACUAAGCUCAUGAAGCAUCUAAGAGUUAUGUUCCUCAAGAAUCACUGGGUAUACACUGCAGUGUACAAAACAUUAAGAACACCUGCUCAUUCCAAUCUCAAUAUUAGGAAUGUGUUCUUAAUGUUUUGUACACUCCAGUGUAUCGUUCAUUUUAGGAAUAUGAAUUCUUAAAGACCUCGAUGCUGUAAAAUACACUUUGACCUACAUUAAUCUAUAGAUUGAGUUCCUGUAUCUGAGACGUCAUUGGCAUAGUUAUCUAAAUACAUUUUUAUCAGGCACUGACGUAGGUUAGAAUUAAAUGGCUGCGUUUACACAGGCAGCCCAAUUCUGAUCUUUUGAACAAUCACAUCAGGUCUUUUCACAUCAGAUAUUAGUGAAUUAGUGAAAAAUAAAUCAGAAUUGUGCUGUCUGUGUAAAAUGCAGCCUGUAUAGCCUAGGUUACAGGAAUGAUUUCAGUCUCUCUCAAAAUGUCUAUGUGAGGAAGAUACUGUAUUUAGAGAAUGGACCAAAAACACACAAACAAAGGACAGAAACACAACACAUAUGCUAAGAAUCAAUAAAGCCCAAAUAACAGCUAUAAACAUUUAUCUUCACGCCAAGUGAACGACGGCCUUGUUGUUCUGUCACUUGGGGGCAGCAACAAUACAGUCCCCAAUCUGUUCCACAGUGAGAAUCAGUCAGAACUAUGCCUCUCUGCUGCCACCUGUCUGUGGGACUGAGUAUUGUUCUACAGUGAAUAUCCGGAGUAUAACUCUCUGCUGCCACCUGUCUGUGAGACUGAGUAUUGUUCUACAGUGAAAAUCAGAACUAUGCCUCUCUGCUGCCACCUGUCUGUGGGACUGAGUAUUGUUCCACACAACAUUUAUAAUCAUUAUCUUCACUUCAGCAGGUUGGGAAGCCAAUGGUUUGUCUACCUUACACGUUGUCUUGUACUUCCUGAUUUAACUCUUAGAUGUUUUGCUUGCAGUGUCUAGCUGAAAUACAGCCAUAUGUUUUGGUGAAUCUGACAACCUGUUUUUGCUUGGAGUGUCUAGCUGAAAUACAGCCAUAUGUUUUGGUGAAUCUGACAACCUGUUUUUGCUUGGAGUGUCUAGCUGAAAUAGACCCAUAUGUUUUGGUGAAUCUGACAACCUGUUUAUGCUUGGAGUGUCUAGCUGAAAUACAGCCAUAUGUUUUGGUGAAUCUGA